GUCUGCAUGACAACGAGGACGUGCAGUUCUUCAAACGUCAAGUCCAGGAGGCGAACCCCGCUUCAGCUUCACCGCAACUUGGCGACAGGCGAAAGGAUCACCUGCGAUCGCAGCUUCUCGGCGGGGCACAAGGGUCCCUGUCGCGUCACGGGGACAUCCGGGCCUUUCGAGAGGUGACGGGCCAGGGUGGCGACUCGCCGCCGCAGUCCCGGAGCCCGGGCCGUCGUCGCAACUUCGUGCAGACAAAUCUACUCGACAGUCACGAGGAGGUGCGAUUUUUCCGAGAGGCCAUCAAAGCCCAGGCGAAGGAUCCUCGAGCUGCAGCAGCUACGCAGCCCAGCAGUGAAAAAGAGGAUCCACUACCUGCAGCUGGACUACGGGCUGUCGCAGACAGCAAGGACCCCCCGCCGGCAGCUACGAUGCAGGCUAGUGCGAAGAAAGAGGAUCCGUCACCUUCAGACACGCUUCGUCCCGCCGUCAGCAAGGACCCUCCAGUAGCUGCGGCGCAGUCCAGCACCAAGAAAGAGGAUCCUUCGCCAGCAGCUUCCCCGCAGCAGGGGGCCAAGGAUCCUCCAGUGGCAGCUGUGAUGCGGCCAAGCACAGGGAAGAUCCAGGAUCCUCCGACGGCAGCUUCUUCACAGCAGGCAGAAAAGGACCCUUCAGUCGCAGCUGCACUGCAGCCCAGCGCGAAGAAAGAGGAUCCUCCACGCGCGGCUUCCCAGCAGCAAGCUGCGAAGGAUCCUGCAGCACCGACUGCUAUGCAGCCGAGCACCAAGAAAGAGGAUCCUCCCAUUGCAGCUUUUGCACAGCAGGUUCCUGCACCAGCCGCAGCCGCAUUGCAGCCCAGCACGAAGAAAGAGGAUCCUCCACAUGCAGCUUCACCGCAGCAGGCUGGCAAGGAUCCGCCGACAGCCACUUCUCCACAGCAGGCGGCAAAGGUUCCUGCCCCAGCGGCAACUGCAUUGCAGCCCAGCACGGACAAAGAGGAUCCUCCACGUGCAGCUUCUCCACGGCAGGAUCCGCCGACAGCUACUUCUCCACAGCAGGCGGCAAAGGUUCCUGCCCCAGCGGCAGCUGCAUUGCCGCCCAGCACGAACAAAGAGGAACCUCCACGUGCAGCUUCUCCACGGCAGGCUGCCAAGGAUCCGCCGACAGCCACUUCUCCACAGCAGGCGGCAAAGGUUCCUGCCCCAGCGGCAGCUGCAUUGCAGCCCAGCACGGACAAAGAGGAUCCUCCACGUGCAGCUUCUCCACGGGAGGCUGCCAAGGCUGCCAAGGAUCCGCCGACAGCAGCUUCUCCACAGCAG